UCUCUUACCCCCUCCACCUCUCCCUCUUGACAAAUUUUAAUGAUCCACGCAAGCUCAACAGAAUGUGGAGAAACAUGUGAAGGAAAGGAGCUUGGAUUGAAUUGGUAUUUGAUUUCUUUCUUUCUCGUUUAAUUUAUAAUUUUCUCUUGUUUUUUUUUUUUACUUUUCCAUUUGAUUCAAAACCCAUUUUGUGGCUUUUGCGUUGAAAUUUGAAGUAAGAGACUAAUAUUUGAUAAUUGAUUUGAUUGCAAUUGAUAGAUUGGAUUGGAUUAGGAUAUUUCAUUUUGUCUGAACAAAUUAGAAUCAAUUAUUUUGGAGGAAUAAGGAGAGAAAAAAGGAGAGAAUGGAUUUUCAGAUGAUGAGAGUGCAAAGCCUCUCUGAAGGGGGCAUAGCAGAGGUGCCAGCCCAAUAUAUCCAGCCCCCUGAGGAACGACCGCCCAUUCUUGAUGACCUCACAGUAAUAGAUAACAGUGAUGAAGACAAUGUCCCCAUGAUUGAUGUUUUUGGGUUCGCCUCGGAGCAGAGGGAUACUGUUUGCAAACUAAUUGGUGAUGCCUGCGCCCAAUGGGGCGCCUUCCACAUUACCAACCAUGGAGUUCCAUUUGAUUUGCUGGACCAGAUUAGGGGCGUAGGGUUAUCUUUCUUCAAAGACUGCCCCGUCAAAGAUAAGCUCAAAUAUGCCUGUGAUCCCAAUUCUCCUGCUUCUCAGGGGUAUGGCUCUAAGAUGCUGCGCCCUGAAGCUGAAGCUGAAACCUCAACUGUUUUGGACUGGAGGGACUACUUCGAUCACCAUUCCCUACCACUCUCUCGCCGCGACCCUUCUCGCUGGCCUCACUUCCCUUCCAAUUACAGGCAAGUUGUUGCACAUUAUAGUGAUGAGCUCAAAUUGGUUGCACAGAAGCUGUUGGGACUUAUAUCAGAGUCUCUGGGACUGCCAACUUCUUGCAUUGAGGAUGCUGUCGGGGAAUUUUAUCAAAACAUUACUAUAAGCUACUACCCUGCUUGUCCUCAACCGCAUCUUACACUGGGUCUUCAGUCCCAUUCUGAUAUGGGUGCCAUCACACUUCUCAUCCAAGACCAUGUCGGGGGCCUUCAGAUUUUCAAAGACUCUCGGUGGAUCACUGUCCAUCCUCAAUCUCAUGCUAUUCUUGUUAUAUUGGCUGACCAAAUGGAGAUUAUAACCAAUGGGAAGUAUAGGAGUGCUCAACAUCGAGCCAUUACAAAUUCCAGCAGUCCACGGCUCUCAGUUGCCACCUUUCAUGACCCGGCCAAGACGGUGAAAAUAUCCCCUGCUUUUGAGCUAACUAGCAACUCAUCCCCGCCUAAGUACCGUGAAGUUAAGUAUGGAGAUUAUGUGUCAUCAUGGUAUACCAAAGGCCCAAAGGGGAAACGGAACAUCGAUGCCCUCCUCAUCAAUUGUUAGAUCUUCCCCGUUUUCAUGUUGACCUGUUCUGUUCUCUUGUUUUGAGGGGAAAAAGGAAUUUAUUAGGAUAAGCAUAUGCCUCUACAUUUAAUCUUUCAGGAUUUUUGUGCUUCAUUGUUAUAGUGUUCCUCCAUGGAUGUCUUUGAUGGUGUCUCUCCUUCAAAUAUUUUUUGGGAUUGGACAGUUUUUUUUUUUUUUCCAGCUGCUCUGGUCCUCCGAAGGUUGUCUUUCCUUGCCAUGAUGCCUUUUCAUAGAAUAUUUUGUGGCAUAUUGUAAUGUUUUGAUCCCAUAAGCUGUUCCCAUAA